GCAGCAGCACCACAACUCUUCUUCUCAUCUCAAUCUCUCUUUAUUAAGCAAACGCCAACCACCUGCCUUUAACAAGAGACCCUUAAGUAAUGGCGCAACGCAUUUCGAAUGCCUUCAAGACGGCAGCUCAGGAAGAGCGCCCCACGUUUGUCGCGUACGUGACCGCCGGCUUCCCCUCGCCAGCCGAGACGGUCGACAUCCUCCUCGAGCUCGAGAAGGGCGGCGUCGACUGCAUCGAGCUGGGAAUUCCGUUCACCGACCCGCUGGCCGACGGGCCGACGAUCCAGGAGGCGCAUAUUGUUGCGCUGGAGCAUAACACGGACAUCGACGUGUGCCUGGACCUGGUGGCGACAGCGCGCUCGCGCGGACUCUCGAUCCCGGUCAUGUUCAUGGGAUACUACAACCCGAUCAUGCAGUACGGCGAGAGGGCGCUGGUGGAUAAGUGUGCUGACGCCGGCGUCGACGGGUACAUUGUGGUGGACCUGCCGCCCGAGGAGGCCCAGUCGUUCCGCGCGCUGUGCUCAGCCGCCGGGCUCAGCUACGUGCCGCUGAUCACGCCGUCGACGUCCGAGGCCCGCAUCAACCGCCUUGUGCAGGUUGCCGACUCGUUCGUCUACGUGGUGUCGCGCAUGGGCGUCACCGGCGCCCGCGCCAACCUCGACACGCACCUGGGCGAGCUGCUGGCUCGCGUGCAAAAGUAUACUGACCUGCCGCUGGCCGUCGGCUUUGGCGUCAGCCAGCCGCAGCACUUCAAGGACGUCGGUGCCAUGGCCGACGGAGUCGUCAUCGGCAGCAAGUUCAUCACGGUGCUGCGCGAUGCCGAGAAGGGCAAGGCCGCCGAGACUGCUCGCAAGUACGCCGAGGAGGUGUCGGGCCGUGCUGCCGGCAACGCCAAGCGCGACAACCCGCUGCCCGAGCUGCACGACAACACGACAAAGGAGGAUGCCAAGCUGCACACGCUGCUGCCCGAUCGCUUCGGCGAGUUUGGCGGCCAGUACGUGCCCGAGGCACUGUAUGACUGUGUCGAGGAGCUGGAGGCUGCAUAUGUCAAGUGCCGCGAGGACCCGGCGUUCUGGGACGAGUUCCGGAGCUUCUACCCGUACAUGGGCCGGCCCAGCCCGCUGCAUUUUGCCGACCGUCUGACCGCGGCGUGGAAGGGCCCCAAGGUGUACCUCAAGCGUGAGGACCUGUGCCACACGGGCUCGCACAAGCUCAACAACGCCAUCGGCCAGGCCCUGGUCGCGAAGCGCCUGGGCAAGACGCGCAUCAUCGCAGAGACCGGAGCCGGCCAGCAUGGUGUGGCCACGGCCACCAUCUGCGCCAAGCUCGGCCUCCAAUGCAUCAUCUACAUGGGCGCCGAGGACAUGCGGCGCCAGGCGCUCAACGUGUUCCGUAUCCGCCUGCUGGGCGCCCAGGUGAUCCCGGCUACAACCGGCUCGUGCACGCUCAAGGAUGCAGUCAACGACGCGAUGCGCGACUGGGUCACUAACGUGCAGACCACCCACUACCUCGUGGGCUCGGCCAUCGGCCCGCACCCGUUCCCGACCAUGGUGCGCGACUUCCAGCGCGUUAUUGGCGACGAGACCAAGGAGCAGAUGAAGAAGCUGACGGGCCGUCUGCCUGACGCUGUGGUUGCAUGUGUCGGCGGCGGCUCCAACGCCAUCGGCAUGUUCCACCCGUUCAUCGAGGACAAGGAAGUCAGGCUGAUUGGCGCCGAGGCUGCUGGCGACGGCGUCGACACCGACAAGCACUCGGCGACCAUCUCGGCCGGUACUCUCGGCGUGUUCCAUGGUGCCAAGACCUACCUGCUGCAGGACAAGAAGGGCCAGAUCAUGGAGACCCACUCGGUCUCGGCUGGGCUCGACUACCCGGGCGUCGGUCCCGAGCACGCCUGGCUCAAGGCCACUGGCCGCGGCGAGUACAAUGCUGUGACUGAUGUGCAGGCGCUCGAGGGCUUCCGCACGCUGGCACAGUACGAGGGUAUUAUCCCGGCUCUCGAGUCCUCGCACGCCGUGUACCAGGCCAUGCAGACCGCCAAGACCAUGGACCCCGACCAGCAGCUGGUCAUUUGCAUCAGCGGCCGUGGCGACAAGGACGUCAACACUGUGGCCGAGGUGCUGCCAAAGUUUGGUCCCCAGAUCGGCUGGGACCUGCGCUUCGAGGAGGACCCGACCAAGUUCAGGCGCAGCAAGUAAACGGGAAAAAGGCCCACGUAUUGCUCACUGAAUAUAAAACCUCUGCUUUGCUAAUUGUGGACCGAAUGAUCAGUGCAGCUCCCCAAUUCGGACCAGUCAGUGAAUCUGACGAUAUGAAAUGCACCAAUAUCGGCUCUGAACCAGCGUGGGCAACAGCAGGAAAAAUGCUUGAGCUCGCUUUCGAAAUAGCGCCAUACUUGGCCAGUCAUUAUGCAUCUUCUCAGAGGCG